CAACAAUCUCCCCCCCUCUUCCUGCAGUCUUCAAUUCCUUCUUUCGACUUCUCUUUAUUCUCCCUUUCUACCCUUAUUGUUUACCAAGCAACAGAAGAGACGCCCACACUUACUUCCACACACAAAAACUCGUACACAACACAUAGACAUAGCAACAAGAGGGGCUGUCAAAUGGACCUAUCACCGAAGCAGAUACACUAUUUUAAGCGUGAGCUGCUGGCCAUUCAGCUUCGCCAAGAACUCGAAACAGUUCGACGGAAACCUGAUCUGCUUGCUCGAUUGGUGCAUCCAGCACAUUCAGAAACCGACGAUCUUCCGUUUUUGCGCUAUAUUUUCCAGCACAUUGUGGUCGAGUUUCCAUUGCUGAAACAAGGAGGUGGUAACGGCAGCGGCAGCAGCAGCAGCAACGGACAAGACGAUACCGCUGGCACGGGCAAUAACAAGGAGUUUUGGGAUAAGGCGCAUGAAUUUUUGAGUGAGUUUGGCAAGGUGCAACUCAAUACAUAUGCACCAAGUCAAGCCGACGCCACGCAACGACAAGUCAUGACGCGUAAAUUAGAAAAGACUCUCAUUUUGGCACUCAAUGUCGGCAUCAAAACGGUUCAAGGACAAGAAGAAAGUGUUAAAGUGACGCCUAGUGACCUCGCUUCUGCUGCACUACAACAAAAACCAGAGGUAGUAGCCGCUGUAAAAAAACGCAACAACAGCAACAGCGAUAACAACAACAAAAAUUCGUUGGCCACUGGCCCAGCAGCAACAUCAUCAUCGUCGUCGUCGUCGUUGUCGGCUCCUGACGGAGAAGGAGAACAAGUACAACAGGAAACAAAAAAGGAAAAGCAGUCGGUGUUCACUGAUGUCAAUGUUGCGACGGUGCGUGAGAUUCGUGAAAGCAGGACGUUUCGUGGCACAGUGACGCAUGCCGAGUUCAUUAUAAGCUCAGUGUUGGUGGAUAAUCCUAGCGAUAACGAUGCUGUUGAACAGCAACAGCAACGGAUCUAUGUCGCACGACGUCAUGGGCAGUUUCGACAGCUGCAUGAUCACCUUCAGAGUAAAUUCCCCCGCGUGAGAGUUCCCAUGGUGCCGAAUAAGGCAUCACGCGAUGCAGGCGAUUUCUAUCGGGACAAGGAUCGGCUGCUGUUGCGCUCCUUUUUACGGCGUGUCAUUGAUCAUCCAAAACUCUCCAAAGCUGCUGCUGUCCGUGCCUUUCUUCUGGAUAAUCCGAUGACCUUGACGGCGGAAGAAUUAGAGGACAUUGAGCGACGAAAAGAGAUGGAUGUGAAGCGGGCAGAGCAAGAGCACAAGUUCCGUCAGGAAGUGGAUGAAAAAGUCGUUGCACUUAACGACCUACUGGAUAUGCUCAAGAAGCAGGUCAUGCAGCCAGGCGGGUUAGUGCAGGUGAUUGAAACAAUCAAGCAGACCGAAAGACUAGAAGAUUUGCCAGACACGUUACGAAAAGCAUUUGAAUGGGGCCGGAUCAAUUUUGCGUUCACGCUGCACACGCAUUUCGUAACAGAUGAUACUGCUGCAGAAAACACAGCAACGCUGAAGCGUACUCAUAACUUCAUGCCGUAUCGUACCAUGGCGACCAUUCUCAGGUUGUCGAAUCCGAUCGCCAUUGUCAAGAUGGUACUAGACUUGUUCCUCGCUCAACCACUUGGAGGCCGUAGCUUAUUUCAGAGAGUUAUCGUGGCCAAUAUGGAAGAGGAUACUAGAGUAAUUGACAAGGAUAUCCAAACCCUUGAAGAAAAGAUAGGGGACAAACUGUUGUGUGCCAAGGUAGCAAACGCUGUCAAUACGACCUUGCCCACAAACGCUACGGGAAACCAUGACCGUGCUGUUACAAACCCGGUGCUUGAAACUCUCAUACUAUUACAACGAGACGAUAUCGAACCACAGCUGGCACCGGAUCAAAUCGUCAAGCUUGCGCACCUUGAUAAUGGACCAAACAAAACGACCAAGCGAUUAAUCAAGCAAUUAUACGAUUUAUGGAUUUUGCGUGCUCGUAAACGGGAACAAGAACUAUUGAUGUCGCUGGUGUUCCAAGGCGUGACGGGUGAAAUCUUGAAGGAACUUUUCGCAAUCUUUUAUCAACCAUUGGCACAAGUGUAUAAGGCAGCCAACAUUGGUGAAUCGAUCCAGCACCUGUCAGCAUUCAUGAGCGAUCUUAUCCAACUUUUGGACAGCUUAGAAACUGCAACUGUAGAGACCAACACUGUGGAGCCAUUUGUGCGGCUUGUCCAACGGCACGAGGAUAAAUUCUAUCAAUUUGUACAUCGUGUGCACGCUCAGGACACUUCGCAUCUGUUCGACGAACUGGUUGGCUAUGUAGACCAUAUUCUGGGCUCGUUGACACGGGGAAUUUAUCCUAAACAGCCAUUGGAUUUGCACAAAGUUGUGACAUCGGCCGGCAUCCCUCCCAAUGAAUACCAAGCUCUACGUGAUGAAAUUGAUGCACUGUGUGAGCAUCGACGGCAGCAAAAACUACUUCAUCUGGAACGUACUCGUCGUAAAGUAGAAGUGCACAAGAAUACCACUACCAGCAAUAACUCAAAGGAGAUAGACGAUCUUAUGGUCAAGAGUGCACGCCAAGAUUAUCAAGAUUUGAUCCAGUUUUUACCAAGCAAUAUGGAUAUCAUGGGCGUAAUCAACGAUAUUCAAGAUAUAGACUCUGAAGAUACCGGUAGCACCGCAUUAACGGACGAUACCUCGAGUACUACUAGCAGCAGCGAUGACAGCGACGAUGACGAAUACGAUAAUGAACGACGUGGCAGCAAUAGUAGCCUGCAGUCAUCUUCAGAAAUACUUGCGCCUCCUGUACUCAAGAUUAUACCCACUGUCGUUCCUUUCUUUGUUCGAGAUGUGUCUCAGAUGAUGGAGCAAGCGCUGCGCGACAGCAAAAAUGCAGCAACAGCCAGUCAACAAGUACCAGAUCAACAGCAGCAGGAAACGAAAAGUUAAGCGAUGCUAAUACUAAUUCUUUGAUAACUAUAUACUUUUUGUAAUACUUCACCUUUACAUAAUACAAAAUUUUGCUUUAUAUCAAGUUAUAUAUGAUUGUCCGGCUGUUUUGCACAUAGCGUCUAUGCACUACAUGAAUAAUGCAUUCACGCAUAUUCUGUGCACCAAUAUAUAUGUAUCAUAUAUAUA